AUGAGCAAAGGUGCUAUCAUCGGCGCGUCGACCGUCCUGGUUGUGGCGGUGGUCGCCGCCGUGUGCGUGGUGUCCUUCAAGGGCAACUCCAGCAAGGGCGAGGGCGAUGAGAACCUGUCCAUGUCCGUCAAGUCGGUGAAGGCCUUCUGCCAGCCGACGGACUACAAGCAGACGUGCGAGGCGGAGCUGUCCAAGGCGGCCGGCAACGCCAGCUCGCCGUCGGACCUGGCCAAGGUCAUCUUCGGCGUCACCUCCGACAAGAUCCACAAGGCCAUCAGCGAGUCGGCGACGCUGAACGAGCUCAAGAACGACCAGCGCACGUCGGGCGCGCUCAAGGACUGCAAUGAGCUGCUGGAGUACGCCAUCGACGACCUCAAGUCCUCCUUCGACAAGCUGGGCGGCUUCGAGAUGACCAACUUCAAGAAGGCCGUGGACGACCUCAAGACGUGGCUCAGCGCCGCGCUCACGUACCAGGACACCUGCCUCGACGGCUUCAUGAACGCCACCUCCACCGAGGCCUCCGCCAAGAUGAAGAACGCGCUCAACGCGUCGCAGGAGCUGACGGAGGACAUCCUGGCCGUCGUGGACCAGUUCUCCGACACGCUGGGCGGGCUCAGCAUCGGCCGCCGCCUGCUGGGAGGCGACGGCGAGGUCACGCCCAGCUGGGUGUCGGAGGCCGACCCCGGCAGGCAGCGGCUCCUGGCCGCCGCCAGCCCCGCCGGGUCGCCGGACUUCAAGCCCAACGUGACGGUGGCGGCGGACGGCAGCGGCGACGUGAAGACGAUCAAGGAGGCGCUGGCCAAGGUGCCGCCCAAGAACCCGUCCCUGUACGUGGUGUACGUGAAGGCCGGCACGUACAAGGAGUACGUGUCCGUGGCGCGGCCCCAGACGAACGUGGCCUUCAUCGGCGACGGCGCCGAGAAGACCAUCAUCACGGGGAACAAGAACUUCAAGAUGAACCUGACCACCAAGGACACGGCCACAAUGGAGGCCAUCGGCAACGGCUUCUUCAUGCGGGACAUCCGGGUGGAGAACACGGCGGGCGCCGAGAACCACCAGGCCGUGGCGCUGCGCGUGCAGAGCGACCAGGCGGUCUUCUACCAGUGCACCUUCGACGGCUACCAGGACACGCUGUACACGCACGCGCAGCGGCAGUUCUUCCGCGACUGCCGUGUCACCGGCACAAUCGACUUCAUCUUCGGCAACUCCCAGGUGGUGCUGCAGAACUGCCUCAUCCAGCCGCGGAAGCCCAUGGCGAACCAGGCCAACAUCAUCACGGCGCAGGGGCGGCGGGACAAGCGCUCCGUCGGCGGCACCGUGCUGCACAACUGCACCAUCGAGCCGCACCAGGACUUCAAGGCGGACGCCGGCGGGAAGAUCCCCACCUACCUGGCCCGCCCCUGGAAGGAGUACUCCCGGACGCUCUACAUCCAGAACGACAUCGGAGGGUUCAUCGACCCCAAGGGAUGGCUCGAGUGGAACGGCGACUUUGGGCUCGAGACGCUCUUCUACGCGGAGGUGGACAACCGCGGCGCCGGCGCCGACAUGAGCAAGCGCGCCAAGUGGGGAGGCAUCAAGACCGUCACCUACGAGGAGGCGCAGAAGGAGUUCACCGUGGAGACCUUCAUCCAGGGCCAGCAGUUCAUCCCCAAGUUCGGGGUGCCAUUCAUCCCGGGAUUGCUGCCGCAGGAGCAACAAGGCAGGACGCACUGA